UUGAAUAGAAAAUGAAAGAAAACAAAUUGCCCGUAUGUGUGUUUCAUUCAUGUGAUUUCGCCGUAUUACUAAAAUCGAUAAUGUGCUAACGCUGGCAACACUGUGCAGGCAUCAAGGCACCGUCAAACAAAGACUAGCAAACAAUAAUAAUCAAAACAAAAACAGCAGUUCGAUUAGCAAGCGCCAGAGUGCCGUGGUGAUGGUUGUGUUGUGUGUGAAUCGGUGAACAUGGUUUCGAUUUUUAGUACAAUACACUAACACAGCAUCAGCGACGCUGUUGUACGCAUACACUGUCAUCAUCGUCAGUUUAAAGAAUAGAAUCGACGCAUUAAGACGGGUGGUGGACCUACUGCGAUCAAUUAUAAACAAAACUUGAGUGAAAAAAUCGACUUGUUCUGGUGAAUCUCGUUGCGAGUGAAGUGAAAAUUGUCGUUUGUGAAACCGUUUAUUCAAUUCCGAAUCAAUCAUUCCAUUUGCAUUUUUACGAAUAUUCAACAUAAUGGCUGACGCAAAUUCCGAGCAGGCAAAAGAAUUCAAUAAAUUGAAGCACGAUUUGGAGGACCAUCGUGAAUUAAUUUUACUCCUCAGUUCAGUGCUAAAAUGGGAAAAGAAAUUCUAUCCAGGGGUCAUAUUUGGCGCAAUCAGUUUCCUGUUUCUGAUUUUAUGGUUUUUGAACUUGUCGCUGUUGACAUUGGUCGGGGUCAUUGGCGUUGUAGCUGUCCUAAUUGAUUACGGUUAUCCAAUGGUUUCGAAAAUCAUUUUCAAGCCUGAAAAUUGGACUGGCGCCCAAGAGAAGGCCUAUGAAGAGGUCGUCAACGAAAUCCUAGCCAUCAAAUUGAAGGUGUGCGGCUUCACCAAAUAUGCAUGCGUACCAAAAGAGGAAAAAACUAUCGUGUACUAUUUGGGAGCAGCUGGUGGUUUUAUUGCGCUCGCCUACGUUGGUUCAGUCAUAGACAACUUUUUGCUGAGCUAUUUGGCCAUUCUUAGUGUUGCAUUGUUCCCCGGAUUGUGCCGUCACGGUGUUGGCAAAAUUGUCAUCGAAAAAUUGCUGGACCAAGUAAAGCAAAUCAAAGAGAAAACCAUCAAGAAAAAUUAAAUUUGCAAAACAAAACAACAACUUUAAUUUGCACGCGCUCGACGCACUUCGCAUUCCUUUUUUAAUUUUUUUUUUAUUUUUCUCAAAAAAUAUGUGUGCGUUGCAUUUGUGUCGCUUUCGAUAGACAGACAGCGGCUACUAUUUAGAAAACAAAAAUACCAUCCACAUACACACACACAUAGACAAACAUAAAAAAGAAAGAACAACCAAAGCAACCAUCGCGUGUAUUGCUGACAUUUUUUUUGUAACGGCGAGCAACGUUGAGCAGUGAUUUCAUUUUCAACGCCACAGCACAAUUUAGACAUAAUUUAUUAUUUACAACAACAACAACAAAAUGAAGAAGGACAAAACCCAAAAAAUACUAAACAUUUAAUAAUAUUACAUGUGAUUCAUAACAUUUAAUCUUUGAUAAUGGAUAGGAAACAAUGUUUACUUGAUAACCUAACACAGAGAGAGAGAGAGAGCAAAUUUAGAGAGCAUUGUACGCACUGAGUUUGCAUGUUAGAGAAACGAUUUUUUUUCCAUUUCCCUAGAUCCCAGGCAAUGUAACACAUACAUAUUUAAAUGGAACAUAUUUAUAGAAAAUAGUCAUAAAAACAUGAAAUCAGGCACACCGAUAGUAAAUCGUCUGACUGACACUUGUUGUUUGGUCGGACGUAUUUUCAUUGGGACUUUAAAUUUGUUUCCAAAUUUUUUUCUCGUCGGCCCACAUUUGUAGGGGAUAAUCUAUUCAACAAAAAAAAAACUUUUUAAAACUGUUCGUAUUUGUAGCUAAAUGAAAUUUUUAAACAACAACACAAAAAUUUAUUACUCGAAACGAAAACAUUGACUUUAUUCAAAAAUUAGCUCAUGUGUUUGGAUUAAACUAUAUAUUAGAUGUCAUGUCAGAAGCAAACCAAUUAAUUGAAUCGAUACCAAAAUUUAUGACUUUCUUGAAACAAACUAACAAAAAAAUUAUAUUUAAAACAAAAUAUUUGACAUUUUUUAUACGGAAAUGAGGAGCAUGGAAUAAUUUCGUGCAUUUUUUUUCACAAAACAUAGCAAAACGAAAAAAAUUCUCAUCAAAUUGAUAGAUGGUAGAAUGAACAAAAAAAAUGUAAUCGUGUUUGUGUCCAAUUUUAUAAUUUUUACUUAUCAUUUGCGCGCGCAUAUAAUACUUUAUUUUCCACUUGAAAAAUUGUUUUCUACAUGAGAAUUAUUUGAAUCAAAAUGACAUCACCAUUAUCAUUCUUGAAAGAAAUGUAAACAAAAUUGGCUGCUAUAUUUGUUUUUAUCACACCAAAAAAAGGAAGAAAUCUGUAUCUUUGAAAAUUUUACGUACCAAAAACAAAAAACAUACCGCCAAAAUGCUAUGCCCGCCAUAAAUGUUAAUCUCAUUCAAAAUACGGAGUUUUAAUUUACGAAUACUGAACAAACAACCAAACAAAAAUUGCAUUCAAUACGACUUGUUUACCAUGUUUGCAGCUACCAAAGAAUCACUCACAAAUUUAAAAAUAAAUAACGAUAAUAAUAAAUGUCCGAAUGAUAAUAUUUAAUCGAAAGACGAACAGCUAACGCAACAAAAAUGCAAAUUGAAUAGAUAAUCAAACAUUGAACAAUUGUACUCACGUAUGCAGAAUGAGCAAAAGAAGAGAAGAAAAAAGCGAAUAAGAAAUUUGUAGCACACAUACACACAGUUUCAUAGAUGUGUCCAAAGAAUGCCAUUGUUUGGUGUCACUCUUUAAAUUCGUGUUUUUUUGUUAUUUUGAUGAGCACUAUAUAUGCGCCCAAAUGAUCUCAUAAAUGCGCUGUGGUUUGUUGCUGGUUUUCCCCACCAAAAUGCUGAAUCAAAUUAGCGUUCGACAAAUUCAAUAAUUGGUUUCGCAAUUUAUUUUUGCAUAAUAUUUUUUUCUCCUUCUCGUUUUGUGACCAACAAAAUCAUUUUCAUGCCGCUCCGCUUACUACUGUUUAAAAUGGAUAGGUUUUUUUUCCCUCGAUCGUCCACUUUGUUUAUGUGUAUAUAUCUGUAAGUGCAUUAUUAUGAUUCGUGUACCUAAUUUUAUUGAUUUUUAUUAUGGGUAAAGUCCAAAAACCGAUCGAAAAAAAAUUUGUUUUACCGCAUACGUAUCGAGUCAAUGGAUUGCGACGGUGUCGAUGUAUUUUAUUUCAUUUUAUCAUGGAGCAGAGGGUCAUUAAUUGAACUCUGCUGAUAGACGCCAAUUCUCAUCUCGUUUGCAUACUGAUAAAAAUGCGUCGAAAUAAAAUUCAUUUUUAGAUUCGCAAUCAUGUCGGUUAUCUCUUUUCGUCCAACACUUGUUUUUGUCAUCGUUUUAUUUGGUGUGUCUCGCGCACGAACAUACACGCAAAUUAAAUUUUGACAUAAUUGACCUGUCGCUUCAUUGACUCCUUCACACUCUUUAACAUUGUUUCGGCUGAACAAAAAUGAAAAUAAAAGAGAUAAUUUUGAGAACAAAAUAAAGAUGAAGAACAAAUUUUUGAAUAUCAUCAAAAAUUAGGUAGCAUAAGUUUGACGUUUCUUUAGCAUAAUUGCAAUGUUAUUGGUUUUGUUCGAAUUCGAUAUAACCGUAUCCAAUGUACCAGUACCUAUAUAUUUUAAAGAAAAAAGAACAAACAAUGUAUUUAUGUAUUUUAGAUUUUUAGCCCGUAUUUUAUUAUUGUAUAAGAGAUUUGCUAAACAAAUUCUGGUUAAUUUUUUUUCAUUCUUUUUUCAUCUUUUGAAACACGCUUAACCAAGAGAAAAACGGCGAGACUUUUUUUCCGUUUGUAAAUCUCAAUUUUUCGUUCGUUUCCCUAAAAUGCGCUUUCAAAUGACUAUUGUUUUCGUUUUAGAAAAAUGAACAUUAGUCAUGAUUUGAUCACAUGGAUGUGAAGCGAGAAUGUAGUGGGCAUGUAUUGGUCUACGUACGGCAUUUUUACACUCUCAUUCUAUUGAUAUGUUAGAACAACGCUUUUCAUUUAUUUUCGAUUGAUUUGUGUGUGAUUCAUAAGAUAUUCAAUUUUAACUGUGUACUCACAUUUUGUACCCUCUACCAAAAUCAGAAACAAAAAAAAGAGAAAAACAAUUCCUAUCGAACUGUGUACAACCUAAAUACAAAAUUCCAAUACAGAUGAUAUUCAAAUCUAAUCACUUAAUCAAUAGACAAACAACACAAGAAAUAACAAAAAAAAAUAACACAAAAUUUGAAAUCAAGAAUACAAAUGUCGCAUUCAUGCGAAUUACAAUAAACACAGUAAAUAAGAAACUUUAUAAACGAUACAACAAUAACAACAAACAAACCAAUCUGUCUUGUGCAUUUCAUUUUAUAUACACAUAAAUAGAAUUGAUAUUAAAAGCUAAACCAACUUCAAA